CGACGCAACACAAGCGACCAUGGCGGCCUCAGCGAGCUCGGUGACCUGGCUGGUGAUCCUGUCCGUCCUCGUGGCAGCAGCCGCGGCGACGCCCAGGAGGGACUUCAAGGGCGUCGCCGCCAUGGACGACACGCUCUCCAUGCUCAGCACGGAGUGCGACGCCAAGAAAGACUCCCUCUCCUGUGUCAAGUACAAGGUCCUCACCGUCAUUGAGCAGCUCUUCAGGAAGGAAUCUUUCAAGGUGUCGGAAGGCGUGACGGUGGUGAAGAACGACGCGGAGCCAGCGGCGCAGGAGGGAGGUUCCGGCCGCGGGUCCAGCAGCUGGGUGGACGCCGCCAUGGAGCUGGUCACCGGCCACGACCUGCGCGUCCAGCUGCCCGGAGAGGCCACGCUCGUCGUCUCCCCGCGAGCGCUCGACUCGGCUGGAGAGGUGUCUGCCACCCUGCGCUUCGACAACCACGCCCUCGAGGCGCGCUCAGUCGAAGAAGCGCGCAAGAGCAAGCUGAAGAAGAUCAUCGUGCCGGUGCUGGUGUUCGUGCUGCUCAAGGCCAUCACGCUGGUGCCGCUGCUGGUGGGCGCGCUCGGGCUCAAGGCGUGGAACGCUCUCCAGCUGUCCUUCUUCUCGUUCAUCAUUUCGGUGGCGCUGGCCGUCUUCCAGCUGUGCAAGAAGCUCGCGUCUGACGCGGCGGCGUGGCCCGCGGCCGCCACGGUGUCCGCGCAUGCGCCCUGGGAGCCCUCCGGCGCCGGCCACCAGGUGGCGUGGGGCCGCGCCUCCCCCGCCGAAGACGACGCGCAGCGCCUCGCCUACAGGGGCUACGCCGAGGAUUAG